AUGCAAGAGCUGGGAAAACAGCGAUCUACCUUUCGUGUUACACCAGGCUUCAGCAGCGCCGCUCACCUGGCCACGUCUGCCCUGUUCAUCGCUGUACCCGCAGAUACCCGGCUCCGUGCCACACACGAAUGGUCAGGGGUAUGGGACAAAGAAGCGGCUCCACAUUGGGCGGCUUCUGAGAGUCACGGGGACCGCGCCGCCUGCCUCCGGGAAGAAGCGCGGUACGGGCCAGCGUCGGCCACCCAAGCUCCGGCCGCGCCUCCCUCCGCGCCCCGGCCCACUAGCAGUGGCACUGGGCACCGAAGCCGGACACCUCUACUGCCCGUUAAAGUAAAAACAAUGGCCGAGCCGGAAGCGAAAGAGGCCUCGACUUCCGCCCCCUCCGGGAUCCCGGAAGUCUCCGCGAAGGUGGGCGCGCGCGUCCCCGCACCCGGGAGAGCUGGCAGGGCUUUCUUCUCGGCUGUGCCCGGCCACCUGCCGCGGGCGGGGGCGGGGUCUCGCGAGGGCUCAGGUCACUCACAUCCCGCUCUCAGGACAUAGUCGGGGAAUCCAGACGCAUCCCAGCUCUACCCCCACUCCUCCAGGUGUCCUUGGGAAAUAUACCCAACGUCCAAGCCUGUUUUCUCAUUUGAAAAAAUGCAGAGCAUAAUGCGUACCUCACAGGGCUGGGAGCACCGAACGAGUUAACAGACACUACACAGCAAAAGGCCUGGCAUAUCCUGAGCAGUCAGUUAUACCAUGUGUGAUGCCCAAUCUGAAGUCUCAGUGAAGGGAGCAGCAAGCAUCUCCCAUCUUAAAAAUGAAGAAGCAUGUCUAGAAAUUGUGAUAUUUUGGCCCAUAAAUGUAGUUAAUAUUUCCUAAGACAGCACCAGUAUUCUGGUGUCCAUGUAGAGGUUCCUAGGGAGACCAAGGAGCAGAUAAAUUGAGAAGGUGUGGGGACAGUUUGUAACCUAGGAGGCAGUUGUCUAGCUUCUGGGUGGCAGGUGGUACCCAGGUGAACUUCACUUUGAAGAAUGGUUUACUACAGAAGUAGGAUAUGAACAGGUCCUUGUUACAAACACGAUUGAGCAGACCCUGUGUGCUAAUGACCAUGGGUGAAGGGCAAAGGGUAUGAUAAGGUUAACUGUGUAUCUUUAUUAUAGCGCAGGAGGUAGGUCCUUUACAGGGCCCAAAGUAAACAGUCUCUUGGACUGUCUAGGGAUGGCAAUAUUUCAAAGGUGUCCUGGGCCUGACCCUGGCCCUGACAUAUAUUCCUCAUAUAUCUGC